AUGUGUUCUCAAUGGCCUCCGGCACCCUGCGUCGAAGACGAGCCGGAUUCCCUCGCCCGCGAAUUGAACGGUCUCGCUCACAUAGGUGACGAACCCGGGCUCGAGGGCACCUGUAUUCGAGGCAGUGUUGACCAGAACCCGGUUAUAAUGACUCCAAACAUACCUUCGUCGUCGUCAUUCUCCUCUUUCUCUUCUGUUCCCGAUGUGCCCGGAAUGGGCAGCAAUAUCUCGUCAGACGAUAGCUCCGGCCCGAUCACGCCGCCUGCAACUCACGAUCCGGUUUUCUGUGCAACAGCCGGAUCGCACUUGGACGAUGGCCUUCAGCGGGCUCCGUCAUCUUCGUCAAGCAGGACUCGUGGCCGAGCAUCCGAGCCUGAAGUCUAUCAGAAACCGAGCUGUGAACCCACAACUUCACGGCCAUCCUGUCCACCGUCUCUGUCGCGGGGAAAUAAAUACAACGGAGUCCCGGUAGAGAGCACCUCUCACGGUUCCCCUAGAAUGGAAGGGCCCGGUCACUCGCGUCCCGGUGGCCCUGCGUAUAGCAACUAUCCAAUGAAACCCGUGAAUGUUUCAACGCUCGCAGGUCGAAUAGAGGAAAAGCUCAAAUUGAAACGGGACCAGCGCGAGUCGGUGCUAGUGUCUAACACGGAAUCACGCACGCGCACCGCAAGGGUUGAACCUCUUAACAUAGGGGUGGGUUCUCACGUCCCAACUUCAGCGUCUCACUCACCACCCCGCGAACCUCAUCGGGCCCCGAGCGUUCGAUCCUAUCAUGAACAGCCUCCGCCGGCGCGUUCACGGACCACAUCGGUGCCACCUGCUUUUCAAGCCAAAUCCCGUCCAGAAAUCCCGCCUUCGACGAGGUCAGCAUCUAGUACCCGGAACAGGCCGAGGUCUGGCUCAGAUGAAUCCCAUGCAGCACCAGGAAAAGCCACCUCGAGACCUCCCAGCCAGGACAGGUUUCAAUCUCAGCCUAUGCAAAGGAAUGUCUCAAACCGAACCUCGCCCAACAGGGAUCCUGCUGCCACUCAGCAAUCCUCCAACGCCGCAGGACUCUGUCUCGCUCCAUGUCCUCGUGCCAUACCAACGUCCGCGUACUAUGACUGGUAUACGCUGAAAGGACUGACACACCUGGAUAUCUGUCCAUCGUGCAUGAGCCAGAUCGCUCAUUCUCGUUUCCGUGAGUACUUCAUUCCCAGCCAGCCGAAGCCUGUCAGCCAAAAGACUCGCUGCGCCUUCUCCAAUCCAUGGACCCGGCUCGCCUGGACGCGGAUGAUCACGAAGUAUCACGACAGUCUCGAGAUGCUCUACCAAAUGACCCGGCCACCACCAGGAGCACGACCUUGCCCGGGUCGCAGCGCAACCGACCAGACCUGGCACCGAAUCAUCGAUCCAGGCACAGGCUCAUACCUCCCCCGCUUCCACAUCUGCGGCAGCUGUGCCCGUAACGUGCGCAUCCUAAUGCCCGCCCACCGCGACACUUUCAUCCCAAGCACAGAACCGCAAGAACGCACCUGCGACCUGGUAACCAGCAGCCCGCGCUUCAUCCACUUCAUCGACCUCCUCGACGCCGCCGCCACGCGUGCCGAAGCAUCACACUUACCCCGGCCCGACACCCGCGAGCUCCUCGCUUACGCGCGCCGCAAAGUUGCCCUUCGCGACUGCCGACGAGACCGCCCGGUCCUCUCAACAUGGCACUACAUCGCCGCAUUACCAGAACUCUCCGUCUGUGAAGACUGCUACGAUGAAGCGGUCUGGCCGCUCGUGCGAGCCCGCCACCCGAUCGCCCGCUUAUUCUGUCCGUCUCUCCGUCUUUUACCCGGUGACGGGCCGGGUCACUGCCGCGAAGCGAGCUGCCAAAUGUACUCGCCGCGCAUGCGUGCUUGGUUUCGGGAUGCGGUGGUUCGAGAUGACUUUGCGACGCUGCGCUCGGUUGCGCUGAGGCGCUUUGACGCUGAGCGCAGGUUUCAUCAUCGUCGGGAUGAGCUGCUUGAGGCUGAGGCGAGGGGAUAUCAUGUUUCUGAUGAGAUGCGGAAGGCGGUUGAGGAGUGGAGGAGGUGGGAGUAG